CGUGCGUGCACACCACAUCACCUCUCGGACGCCUUCACCUCUGACGGCACUCGAGGCGCACGACACAUCGGCCAAGAGCCCUCAGCUUCAGCACACAUUCAGACUUUCUGCACAAUCGGAACUUUGAACGGCCGCCCACUUCCGUGUCUCACGGCCUAAAGGGGCAAUUGUAGGUCAUGGGCAUCCACCCGAGGUCCACUGCAGGGCUGCUUGUGGCUCUUCUCCCCGGACAGAGCUUGUCCAGUCUCACUGACGUCAACCAUGAUUUGCCUGUUGUCGAUCCAAUACCUGCCUCUGAAUCUGCAAUGGCCUGUUUUAUUGCCUCCCCGCCAUCCCCAGUCUCCCAGGCCGCAUAUAUCAAGCCACGCCUGCACCGCCUGGUUCCCUAGAGCGCCCUGCCCUUUUUGAACCAUUGACUCAACUACUUUCCUGUUUCUGUACAAUUCAACAUCUGGUGGCUCUUCUGCUCUGGUUUCAUGGCUUCACUCAUCCCAGAUUCUGUAAAUUCUGUCAAAACCGCCGUCAUGGGUUCUGGGGGAGACAAGAUCGCCGACCUGGCAAAAGACACAAAACAGCCUACCGAGAAGACUCAACAAACUACCGACUAUGGUGUCAAGUUUCCCAACCCCGACCACUGGUUGAGUGUCUCCAGUGAGGAUCGUCAGGGGCCCAGUCUCCUCGAGGACCCUUUCUCCCGUGAGAAGAUCACUCGCUUCGACCAUGAGCGGAUCCCCGAGCGGGUUGUCCAUGCCCGUGGCACUGCCGCAUUUGGAAAAUUCAAGAUGUACGAGAGUCUCGAGGAUCUCACCUUUGCCCCUGUUCUGACCGACACCUCCCGCGAGACCCCGGUCUUUCUUCGAUUCUCGACUGUGCUUGGCAGCCGUGGCAGCGCCGACACGGUACGGGAUGUCCGUGGCUUCGCUGUCAAGUUCUACACCGAGGAGGGCAACUGGGACCUUGUCGGCAACAACAUCCCUGUCUUCUUCAUCCAGGACGCAAUCAAGUUCCCGGACGUCAUCCACGCCGGCAAGCCUGAACCGCACAACGAGGUUCCUCAGGCCCAGUCCGCGCACAACAAUUUUUGGGACUUUGUGUUCCAGCAUUCCGAGGCAACGCACAUGUUUUUGUGGGCAAUGUCAGAUCGCGCCAUCCCUCGGUCAUAUCGCAUGAUGCAAGGAUUUGGCGUCAACACGUACACCCUCAUCAAUACCCAUGGGAAGCGGUCCUUUGUCAAGUUCCACUUCACUCCGGAGCUUGGCGUGCACUCUUUGGUUUGGGAUGAGGCUCUCAAGCUUGCCGGCCAAGACCCCGAUUUCCACCGCAAGGACCUCAUGGAGGCAAUCGACAACGGAGCUUACCCCAAGUGGAAAUUCGGCGUUCAGGUCGUCAGCGAGGAAGACCAGGACAAAUUUGAAUUCGACAUUCUCGACGCCACCAAGGUCUGGCCCGAGGACGAGAUCCCCGUCCGCUACGUCGGUGAGCUCGAGCUGAACCGCAACAUCGACGAGUUCUUCCCACAGACUGAGCAGGUCGCCUUCUGCACAUCUCAUCUGGUUCCAGGCAUUGGCCACUCCGAUGAUCCUCUCCUGCAGGGCCGCAACUUCUCUUAUCAAGACACUCAGAUCAGCCGACUGGGUGUCAAUUGGCAGGAACUUCCCAUCAACCGGCCAGUGUGUCCCUACAUGAAUUUCAACAGAGAUGGAGCGAUGCGUCACACCAUUCAGAAGGGCAGUGUCAAUUAUUGGCCAAAUCGAUUCUCAAAGAACCCGCCGGCCAAGCCCGAGGAAGGCGCCUACGUCGAAUACCAGCAGAAAGUCGAGGGCAUCAAGCAGCGCGUCAAGAGCAAAAAGUUCCGAGAGCACUUCAAACAGGCAAUGCUUUUCUACAACAGCUUGACCCCCUCGGAGAAGACGCAUGUCAUGAAUGCAUUUGGCUUCGAACUAGACCACUGUGACGACCCAAUCGUCUACGAGAACCUCGCGACCCGUCUUGCAGAUAUCGACCUCGACCUGGCCAAGGACGUUGCCGAGCUGGUGGGUGCCAAGGUCCCCGAGAACAAGGAGAACCCCAACCACGGCAAGAAGGCAAAGGGUCUGUCCCAGUUCGACUUCCCACCCAUGAAGACCACCAUCGCUAGCCGCCGAGUUGCAAUCAUAGUGGCGGACGGUUACGAUGCUACGGCCUUCAACGCCGUCAAGACCGCCGUCGCCUCGUCAAUGGGUGUCCCAAUCAUAAUCUGCACGAAGCGGAGCGAGGUCUUUGCUGCAGGCCAGAAGCGCGAACAGGGCAAGGGCGUCCGCCCAGACCACCACCUGGAGGGUUACCGCUCGACCAUGGUGGACGCCGUCUUCGUCCCUGGCGGUCGUGAAUCCAUCGACACGCUCAAGAAGAACGGCCGUGCCCUGCACUGGGUGCGCGAGGCCUUCGGCCACCUCAAGACUGUCGGUGGCACCGGCGAAGCUGUAGAGCUAUUGAAGGCGGCGUUCCAGCUGCCGGGCGUGCAGAUGGCGAGCGACGCCGAGGCUGUCGAGAGCUACGGCGUGGUCACGCUCGACAAGGUCGAGCCCGAAAGCUUCGGCGAGUCCUUUACAAUCGCCAAAGAGGGCGCUGGAUUUGUCGGAAAAUUCCUGUACUCCAUCUCCCUGCACAGGAACUGGGACCGUGAGUUGGAUGGCUUGAGCACCCAAGUGGCUUAUUAGAGCGCGCUAGAGUUAUGACUCGGUUGUAUUUAGUAGUAGUCUUAGUUUUAUUCUAAUGAAUUAUUCACA